AUGUCUUCUGAAAGCUGUCUUAUUUGUCAAAAACCGACUAACUCUUUCAAUUAUGGAAUCUUCUCCUGCAACGCUUGUAAAAUCUAUUUCCGUCGUGUAAUCCUCGGAAAACCUGUUGCAAAAUGCUCUCAUACAGCAUCUAUUCCUUUGACAUGCCGAUUCUGUCGAUUGAAGAAAUGCAUAGAAUCAGGAAUGAGUUUUCAGUCAAGAGAUAUUCAAUCUGAUUGUGAUACACUAACUAAAUGGAUCAAUAACCUCAAAGUCUUAUACACCCAUCGGAAACGCUUAAUUCUGAAUUGCCGCUUCGAUGGAGACCCGACUAUUGAGGAACUCGCUGCUCUUCCAGGUCCACUAGUUUUCCAGUCGAGACCCAAAGACUACAAAAUGGGAAUUCUUGAAUGGGGAGUUCUAAUAGCUCUCUCUACAAUAGAUUAUUUCAAAAAGUUCAACUUUUUCAACUUAUUGGAAUUGAAGGACCAAGUGAUAUUGAUUCAACAAUCAUUUUCUGAUUUUGACACGCUCUCUGGUUCUUUCAAAGCAGUUGAAUUAAAGAAGGCGGAGUUUCUAAAUCCAGAUGGCACUGAUAUAUUUCUGAAAAUGGAUUCUGGAGUCUGUGAAGUUUUGGAGAAUAAUAUAAGAUGUAAAUUGGUCGGGAGAAUGUGUGAAUUAAAGAUUACACUAGAAGAAUUUCUGUUGCUCACUGCGGUUUUCUUAUGUAACCCGGCCUUAUCAGACCUAUCUGCAAAAUCUAUACUAUCAACAUAUCAAAAAGUUUAUACAUCUGCACUACUCCAUUAUUGCAUGAUGACUCAUCAACAAAAUGGCACAACUCGAUUCACUGAUCUACUAUCUUUAUUUCAUUCGGUUAAGAUAGCUCAUCAAGAAAUCAGAACUCAUUAUUAUUUCUGUAUUAUUCAAAAACCAAAUUUGCCAUUUCGUAAUAUGUUUUCUCAUGAAUUUUAG